CGUCGACGGCACCGAGUCCGGUCUCCGGCACGCUCGCGCGUAUACGGUACGGUCUCGUCAAGUUAACCGGUGUCCGAGUCCGUAGCGUACGCGCGAUCCGCGAACUCUCGCGCAAACGACAGGCGUCCUCGUUCUCGUCGGGUCUGCCUACCUUCACUUUUACUCGCUCCUGAAAUGUUGCUUUCUUACUCGCCCCCGCAGACAAUUGUUAACGAGUGGAAAAGGCUGUGUUCGGCUACGAAGGGCAGACUAAUGAUCUAAGAGUCGUCGGAACUGGAGACGGCGGAUUGGAGGAGAUGAUCGAUCGAUUAAGUAGUAGUCACAUCAUGUACGCAUUUUGUAGAGUUAUCGAUACUAAAACAAGUCUACCAAAGUGUCUGCUUAUUAACUGGCAAGGAGAAGGCGCUCCAAUCGUUAGGAAAGGAACGUGCGCCAAUCACAUUAGGGAUGUAGAAAAAUUGUUGAAAGGAGCACAUAUAACGAUCACCGCGCGCUCCGAAGAUGAUGUUGAGGUAGACGUGAUUAUGGAAAAGCUCGCGCGAGCAACAGCCUCCGCAUAUAAGUUUAAUGAGCCGCGCAGCGAGAAUGAGGGACACACUGGUCCUGUUGGAACAACAUAUCGCAGAGUAAUCCCGGAACAAGAGAUAAAUGCAACGGAGAGAGAUCAGUUUUGGGAGAAGGAAGAGAUGGAGGAGAAGAAGAGAUUGGAACAAGAGCGGAUGCGCUGUGAACAGGAGCGACAGAAGAUGGAACGCGAAAUUAGAGCUCGGGAAGAGAAGGAAACGCAAUUGAGGGAACAACAAGUAACCGCUAAGGAAAAUUCAAUCGCUCGUCAAAAGCUGGCCGAGCAGCGUGCCGAGGAGGUGAACAAUAUACGCAAUCAAAAGGCUGCCCAAAAUUAUAGUAACGACGCUGAAGAUGAUCACAAGUCACGAAGCGAUGAACUACGGAGGCAGAGGAGCAAGGAAACGCAGCAGCUGAUUGCUCAAAGAACAAUAAACGCUCGAGCGAUAUUCGAACAGAAUUCGGCGGCCGGUCAGAUGAAGACGAGCUCGGCGCAACAAUUUUUACCCAAGAACAAUCACGUGGAGUCCAUGAGAAAAGCGUUGGAAGAGGCGCAGAUAAAGGACCAGCCCGACGUAAAGUCCCACGAGGAAACACCGGCCGAGGCGAAAAAGCCGAGUGUGGAAACAGUGACGGUCUCCUCGUCCGCGGUACCUCAGUCUCAGAAUACCAAUCAAGAAUCGAAAACGACCGCGAAUCCGGAGCCUGUGCAGACGGCGGAGAACAAGCAGACCGUCGAAAAUGAAUUGUACAACCAAUUAGACGGCCCGUACUUAUAUUUCGAUCCGAAUAACGAGGGAAUGAAGGCCAGAGCUUUGUACGACUAUCAAGCCGCCGACGACACGGAAAUCACGUUCGAUCCUGGCGAUAUAAUCACGCACAUAGACGCGAUCGACGAGGGCUGGUGGCAAGGUCUUGGACCCGACGGAACAUACGGACUUUUCCCUGCUAAUUAUGUCGAAGUUAUCGAGUAUAACGCAACAUGAUAAGACACGUG